UCUUCAGUUUUUGGUCUCUGUCAAGAAGCUCUCUUGGAUAUCAGCCAGUCUGAACCAUGCGCAAUAACAUAGACGAUUGCACGCUCGAAGCAGUUCCUAAGUCCGAACUAGUAACAUCGUACACCUACUCUGUGCCUGAGAACUCGCCGCCAUACGCCCUUAUCCACGAAUCGCGUCAUGGCCCUCCAAUCGAAAGCACCGUCGAGCUGCCUCCUGACUCUCACCAGAAACCACGACGCGCACUCUUCCUGAGCUGGCCAUGCCUCGUGGUCUAUGCGAUACUUGUAGCUGUUGCUGCUGGCGUAGUGGGAGGACUUCUGGGCAAACACAUUGCAACGAAGUCAUAUGAGCAAGAUCGCGCCACCUUUCAGCAAGGCGCAUCGGGCUCUCAAGCAUGUACAUCGCCAGUGUCACCUGCAGCCUCAGCAACAUCGACACCGACCUCGGCCAGCGCUUUCGCGAUACCAACCACGGGGUGCACCCCUGUUACUCAACAACGCUCUUUCAAGUCCAUUACAAAAUUCCUUGCCUGGCCCUACACCACAUGGUGCGCAACAGGUUGGGGCAACGACGAGCUAGUCGCCAUGGCUGUUUCGACGCCGAGUGACUGUGUCGAGGCUUGCGCCAUGUACAACACCCAUAAGGGCAGCAAUGAGCGACAAUGUGUUGGUGGAGGCUUCAUCCCAGAAUGGGUGAAUCAAAGUCAGGCGAUGGAACAGUCUGGUGGUAUGCCAUACAACUGUUUUCUGAAGUCGAAUGAUACAGGAACAGGGCGAAACAACAAAAACUUCGAAGUUGUGAGUCUGUGCAUGCAAGGCGCGUGUUUGGAUGUCAUGACUUGAGAAUGCUCAUCCGAUAAGUUCUCCGGGCGAUUGGCUGGCUAUGGAAUCCUCGUCUUUUUCACGCCACCCUGCAAGAGGAGCCUGACCUUCGGAAAUAAGCCGACAAGCGUCGUCUUGCCGAACGAAGUAUGUAGAUACGCCCAGUGGGCAAGUGCGCUUACCUCUGAGCUGAGAGCUCCCGUGUACAAUCAUCACAACAGACCACAACAAGACAAAUAGCAAUAAAAGCGUUGAUCCCUAGCACCUAAAUAACAUUGCUCCUGCAGUU